UCUUCAGUCUCUCUGCCUUCGCUGAACAAUUUGCCAUGGAGACAGAGCUAACAUCACCAGACACGAAUCCGACUCAGACCGCGAAUCCGAAUACAAGCUCGAUGUGGAGUAGUAUCGUAAAGAAAGAUCCGGCGGAGACGAAGUCUCCGGCCACCCAUCACGGCAUGGCGUCUGCGGCGCUUGGGAUGGUCGGAAACUGCAAUUCCACGAAGGGGAUAACCAUGGCUGUGAUUGACGCGAACGCCGUCAUCGAGGGAGGCCAGAACCUCUCCUCCUUCGCCGACAAGUUCGUCACUGUUCCUGAAGUCCUCUCCGAGAUUCGUGACCCCGUCUCUCGUCGUCGUCUUGCCUUUAUUCCCUUCACGAUCGAUGCCAUGGAACCCUCACCUGAAUCUCUGAAUAAAGUCAUUAAAUUUGCUAAGGAGACCGGUGACUUGCAAACUCUAUCCGACGUCGAUCUUAAGCUGAUUGCCCUGACAUAUACGCUUGAGGCUCAGAUUCACGGGACUAAAUAUCUAAGAGACGUCCCUCCACCGAUUCAUACAGUUAAGGUGAAGAGGUUGCCCGAAAAGGAGUUGCCUGGUUGGGGAUCUAAUGUGCCUAAUUUGGCAGAGUGGGAAGCCUUGGAAAAUGAAACAGAGGACAAAUCCAACUCUAACUCCAGAAUCCUUCCCCUCAAAGAUCUUAACAUGAACAUUGUAUCUUCAGACAACUGUUCUGAGGCCGGUUCUGUUGCCACAAAUGGCGAUUCUCGUCCCGAGCAUCAAGAAGAGGAUGAGCAAGGUAGGAGAAGGUAUAGACGGUACCCGCCCAAGAAAAAGGAGAUAAACAUCGAGGGUAAGAAGAUGGUAGCAGAGGGAGUUGAUGCAUCACAAGGACAGCAUGAAGAUGACGGUGGUGACUGGAAGCCUGCAGUGAGCAGAAGCACCCACAGGAGAUACCUUAGAAGAAAAGCCAGGCGGGAAUACUAUGGUGCCUUGGCCGAGCAAGAGCUUCAGCAAGAUCAAGACAAUUCCCCGGACGGAAAUGUCAUUGAGCAGUCAAGUCAAAUUUCUGACGAUGUAAAUGGAAGAGGCGGGGCCGACAGUGGAAAGAACGAUGAUGAGCUUUCAUCCAUUCUGAAACAGUUGAGGUUGGAGGAAGAUUCAUUAAGGGCACUUCAAGAAGGUCCUGAUGAGGCAUUUGGCGAGAAUGAGAACGAGAAUGGACAUGAUUUUGAAAUAGAUGAAGAGGGCGGGGAGGCAUCAAAGCAAGGGUUGGAUAACAUGGAGGAGAUCUCUAGUGAGGCUGAGGAUACAACUGUUGAGGCAUCAUCGGCUGCUGAUGAUGACGGUGUCAGUGAACAGAGUUGGACAUUGAGAGCCUUGUCUGAAUCGAGCGUUGCUUGUAUAACCGGUGACUAUGCCAUGCAAAACGUUAUUCUCCAGAUGGGUUUGCGCUUACUUGCACCCGGAGGAAUGCAAAUCCGUCAACUCCACAGGUGGAUAUUGAAAUGCCAUGCUUGUUACACUGUAACUUAUGAAAUCGGGAGAAUUUUCUGUCCAAAGUGUGGUAAUGGCGGCACUCUACGCAAGGUAGCAGUCACCAUUGGUGAGAAUGGCACCAUCUUAGCCUCACGUAAACCACGCAUUAUACUCCGUGGCACCAAAUUCUCAUUGCCAUUACCUCAAGGAGGAAGAGGAGCAAUAGCCAAGAACCCGGUUUUACGUGAAGACCAACUCCCUCAGAAGUUCCUUUACCCCAAGACAAAGAAGAAAGGAAACAAGAAGGGAGAUGAGUUCUUCACGGCAGACGACGUGUUCAUGCACCACAACGAUAAAAAGGCUCCACUUCGGCCUCCUGUGAGAAAGGCAUUGGCGGUUUUCAGCCAAAGGAGGAACCCUAACGACAACCAUUACUCUCGUUCCUCUCAUUGAGCUGGUACUCUCUCUCUCUCUCUCUCUCUCUCUCUCUCUCUCUGGUUUGUACACAUUUGGAUGUGUCUCCUUCUCUUCUGAGAUGUAUUUUCAGAAGGGGUUUUGUCAUAACCAUGAAGUGCUUAGGAUUUUUUUGCUGCUGUGUUUUUACUCAAGUGACUGCAGAAUUUUGCUGUUCCAUUUUUAUUGUAAUGGUAAACAAUGAAUUUUGAGGAAAGGGAUUUUGGUUGGGUUGAAACCCUCGUUA